GCAACUUUUUAAAUGCUCUUUUAGUCGGAUUAGAACUGUCAUGAAGCAAGUUUUCCAGCUUCUGUCCAUGGUGAUGCACUGUCAUUCUUUUUUUUUUUUUUAAUACAAUAAAUAUCGUGUUUAUCUCCCACUCAUCAGGUAAUAUUGCUGCCGGCUAUUGUUUCGCUAAACUAUUUUAACUGUUUAACUCACACAUAACCUUGUCAGAAAUAUGAACAUUGUGCAAUUUCUUCUUUUAACUCAUAGUGUCGCUGUUCACCUGCAAAGCAAUGUGUGUCUUCAGUACACAUCUCUCCACCCUGCUUGUGAUGUCAAACAUAGGGGUUUCAGCUAAUCAUUUUAUAGAACAUCGUUGACGACGACUUACUGCCUCAUAUAAUCUACGUCUAUUAUUCUAUAUUGGAUUUUAUGCUUGUUUCCUUGUACAUAGCAAUUGGUACUGGAUUCAAUUUCUGCCUGAUGUCUAAAGAAUCCCAAAGGUUCCGUGUUGCUGCUGAGAUGUUUGGUCUUUUGUUCUUCGUGCUGAUGGCGCACACCGCUUAUGGAGACGUGAGCUAUUCUUUCCCGGAGGAGAUGAAACGCGGAUCUGUGAUUGGAAAUAUAGCAAAGGAUCUCGGACUCGAUGUGAACAGACUGUCAUCUCGUAAGGCUCGAAUUGAUACUGAAGGUAGCAGAAAACUAUUCUGUGACAUUAAUCUGAAUACUGGAGAACUGAUCGUAGCGGAGAGAAUCGACAGAGAAGAGAUUUGCGGGGACAGGCUUUCGUGUGUUUUAAAAAUUGAGUUCAUGCUAGAAGAUCCAUUAGAGCUGCAUCGUGUUUCAGUUCAAAUUCAGGAUAUUAACGACAAUUCUCCUGUUUUCUCAAAGGAUUUGAUCACAUUUGAAAUCAGGGAGUCUGCUGUUAGAGGUACACGCUAUCGUUUGAAUGCGGCUCAUGAUGCUGAUAUAGGACAGAAUGCAGUUCAGAGAUACAGUCUACAGAAUAAUAACAAUUUUCAAUUGAGUAUGAAUUCAAAUGUAGACGGAGAAAAAAAAUUGGAAUUCGUGCUAGAAAAAGAACUGGAUCGUGAGCAACAAAAAUAUCUGACAUUAAUUCUCACUGCGGUAGACGGCGGGACUCCACCGAGAUCAGGUACUGUAGCCAUACACGUCACUGUGCUGGAUGCUAAUGAUAAUGCUCCAGUCUUUAGUCAGGCCGUCUAUAAAGUCAGUCUGCCUGAAAAUUCUCCUGUAGAUACUGUAGUGGUGACAGUGAGCGCUACUGAUGCUGACGAGGGACAAAACGGAGAAGUGACAUAUGAGUUCAGUCGUAUCUCUGAUAGAGCUAGAAAGCUGUUCUCGUUGGAUUCAAAUACAGGUGCCAUUCGAGUUACAGGUUCACUUGAUUUCGAAGAAGAAGCCAUUUAUGAAAUACUAGUUGAAGGGAAAGAUGGAUUUGGUUUAUCUAGUGAUGUUAAAGUUGUGAUAGAACUUGCAGAUGUUAAUGACAAUGCUCCUGAGAUACGAGUGAAAUCUUUGCGUAUCCCCGUUCCCGAGAACGCGUUACCUGGUACAGAGGUUGGCAUCAUUAAUGUGCAGGACAGAGACUCUGAGAAUAACGGACAGGUGCGCUGCUCCAUUCAGCAAAACGUCCCGUUUAAACUCGUACCUGCAAUCAAAAAUUACUAUUCUCUGGUGACCACAGGUGAAUUAGACCGCGAGCUGCUCUCUGAUUAUAAUAUUACAAUUACUGCUACUGAUGAGGGCUCUCCGCCUUUAUCUUCCACUAAGAAUAUUCACCUGACUGUAGCUGACGUGAAUGAUAAUCCACCUGUAUUUCAGGAGCAGAGUUACAGAGCUCAUGUGCAAGAAAAUAACAAACCGGGCUCCUCUAUUUGUUCAGUAUCAGCUACAGACCCAGACUGGAGACAGAAUGGUACUGUAGUUUAUUCUCUGUUGUCCUCUGAUCUUAAUGGCGCAUCGGUGUCCGCCUUUAUAUCCAUUAACGGAGACACCGGGGUCAUUCAUGCCGUGAGGUCGUUUGAUUACGAACAGUUGAAAAGUUUCAAAGUGCUCGUGUUAGCCAGAGACAACGGGUCUCCUCCUCUGAGCAGUAACGUGACCGUGAGCGUCUUCAUAACGGAUGAGAAUGACAACUCCCCUCAGAUAUUAUACCCCUCUCCGGAAGGAAACUCCUUCAUGACCGAGAUGGUACCCAAAGCUGCGCAGGCGAGCUCCCUGGUCUCCAAGGUGAUAGCAGUGGACGCGGAUUCUGGGCAGAACGCGUGGCUCUCGUAUCACAUUAUUAAAGCGACAGAUCCGGGACUUUUCACUAUCGGUGUCCACAGCGGAGAGAUCAGGACGCAGCGGGACAUUUCUGAAUCUGACAGCAUGAAACAGAACCUCAUUGUGUCCGUGAGAGAUAACGGACAGCCCUCUCUCUCAGCCACAUGCGCAUUGUAUUUACUUAUAUCAGAUAACUUGGCUGAAGUUCCAGAACUGAAAGACAUGUCUCGAGACGAGAGCAGCUCCAAACUGACGUUUUAUUUGAUCAUCGCGCUGGUGUCCGUUUCCACUUUCUUCCUGACCUUCAUCAUCAUCAUCCUGGCCGUGAGGUUUUGUCGCAGGAGAAAGCCCAGACUGUUGUUUGACGGAGCUGUAGCCAUUCCCAGCGCGUAUCUGCCUCCAAAUUAUGCAGAGGUGGAGGGCGCGGGAACUCUCCGCAGCACUUACAAUUAUGAUGGAUACCUGACCACGGGCUCGCGCACUAGUGACUUCAAGUUCGUCAGAUCUUAUAAUGAGGGCACGCUGACUGCUGACCUGACUCUGAAAAAGACUCAAUCCGCUAUGGAUGAUCUUGAGGGACUUGAAGCAGAAAUUAAUGAUUCAAUUCAGCAAAAACCACCCAGUGCUGACUGGCGUUUCACCCAGAACCAGAGGCCCGGGCCCAGUGGGGCUGCCGCCACUCCUGAGGUUGCCAUGGGAACAGGACCCUGGCCCAACCCCCCAACCGAGGCCGAGCAGCUCCAGGCGCUGAUGGCCGCUGCUAAUGAGGUCAGCGAGGCGACCAACACUCUGGGUCCAGGCACCAUGGGUCUGAGCACCCGCUACAGCCCUCAGUUCACCCUACAGCAUGUCCCUGAUUACCGGCAGAACGUCUACAUCCCCGGCAGUACCGCCACCCUGACCUCCAACCAGCAGCAACCCCAGCAGGCCCUGCCGCCUCCACAGGCCGCCGCAGCCGCCGCCGCUGCCCAACCUGAGCCGCCCAAAGCUGCCCAGACACCCGCCAGCAAGAAGAAAUCCACAAAGAAAGAGAAGAAGUAGAGAGUCAUAGGUAGAUUGGAGGUUGAAAUAGCUGGACGACUCCAUUCUGUGCUGUUCUGAGGUUUGCUGGAAAUCUGUAACCAUUUAGAAAAAAAAAAUUAGGGUAAAAAGAAGACAGUAUGUCAGUGUAAACCCACUUCUAACCGCUUUGUCUAUUUCACACAUGCAUUUGUUUUAAGUACUGUAAAAUCGUUUCCUGGUUUAUUGGACGUUCAGAUAUUUGGAGAGAAAUUAGUUUUUCAUUCUCACGUUUGCCAAGUUUAGGCAACUUCUAAGUGACACUAUAUUCCUGCUUAUAUAAAGCCAAUAAUGUAUUUACCAGAGUACUUUACCAUGAUCAUGUUAAACUGACAUCUGGACAGAAAGAGGAAAUGUAUUCUUAUAACAAUCACAUUCUUGUUUCUACAAAGACACAGUGUCCAGUGCUGUGGAUGUUGCAAUGUUUGUAAAAUGCAUCAUGGUUAUUACUUUACUUUUUGAUAUUGUUUGCUAAAAUACCACUAUGGACUUUUUAAUUGAUCAUUUUAGGAGAAGUGUUGAUGUAGAUGCAAGUCAGGUGAUUAUUGCUGCAUGCUGUUUUUUGCGCUAUAGAUAAUCUCCAUUUCACCUGACAUCUAUAAACACCCUUCUACAGAGGUGGUGAGCAGUUAAACCAUCCGCUUUAUGAUGAUUUGUAUUUGAUUUUAAAGAAUGGAUCCCCCUGUGUAUCACUGAGCCAGAGUUUGGUUGUUGUUUUUAUUUUUAUUUUUUUUAUGUUAACUGAAUGUUUAUGGAGCAUUAGUGAAGUCCGAGCCAUUAUGGGAGCGUUGUAAAAUCAGUUACAAGUCCACAAGUGCCCGCAGUGGCAUAUCGUCCUUAUAGUAUUCAGUAUUUCCAGGUUAUCUUGAAGUGUUGAAUCUCUUUAUCAGUGCUGGUUGUAAUUAGAUGGGAUAGCUAUGAUACCUUCAGUGAGUAUCUGUUGUUUUGAUGGUCACAAAACCUCCUGACUUUGAAAGUUGCUGAUCUAGGCAGCAAUCAAGCUCAAGUAAUCACAGAUGGAAUAUGAAUACUGUUCAAAUCCAACACCAGUUAGGAUUGAUGCUGUUUUAGGAGGCAACUUGCACUCAUUGAAUGUACAACAAGCACAGUAACUGUCAUUAAAGAGUCACUUGUUAGACCUUUGAAAGCUGGUUCUAAGAAAUGCUAAUAGUGGAAAAAUUCCGUCCAAUUGCUGGUUCCGGUUCACUUCCCCUCUGAAUACAACAGUUCUUGUACCAUUGGCAUGACGUUCCUUUGUAAAUAGAAAUAUGCCCUUAAAAACCCACGAAACCUUUUUCAGAUAAUCAGCUCAUAAGGAAUGGCUUACUACUGGAAUGUCAUUUUAUUUUACAGAAAAAAUGCACAAAAAAUCAAAAUGGAGAAAAAGAAGAAAAAAAAAAAACGUUUUUGACACACUCAGUUACCAAUGUAGUUCUUUAGUACUUUGAAGGCCAACUAACGCACCUGUAAAUAAAGAGUUUAACUUUUACUUAUGAAAAUAAAUAGUGACACACUCUUAGUCUAGAAGUUGUGAUGUUAUGCAUAUAUUUUUGUGUUCAUCCUCCUCUUUUCCUGUCCCUUUUCCAUGAAAAGACACAAAAUGGAGAGCAAAUAGAUCUAAAAUCCUCCGUUAUUAAUUUUGUGCUCUCUGUCGUGCUUACAUGUGAGAAUGCUUCUUAAUGUCUAUAUGAAGAAUCUGAAUAGAUCUAUUAUCUGUGUGUGUGUGCGCGCGUGUCUGCUGAUGCUGUAAUCCUGCUGUAACAUCUCUGAUAAGACGCUUUGAUUCCCAGCUCCUGUGUGCUACUUGCAUUUUAUAUGCUAAUAUUUAUAUUGCUGUUUUAUUUUUUUUCUUUUCCUGAACACUGACAUUUCAAAUAAAAGGUUCUCAAAUUA